AUGACUCCAAAAUGGCACCCAGUGCCUCUGCGAUGGAAUCCGAUCAGGGACCGUCGGCUCGUGAUACCUCCUGAACGCGAUGUGCACUACAAAGAAGCAAGCGUUGAGUCGCAGAUCUCCCCAGCUCCAAGCUCAUUUCGCGACAGAACACAAUCUGAAGCGGCGUCUUCCAUAAGUGAUCAAGAUGAUGGAUCUGAGAAAAGAAGAAGGCGCUCAACUCGUGACAUAAAACGGCCGAAGUUCGACGACGAGUUAGUCGACAGUGGUGUGGCAAAGUUGCUGUCUCCUCGAAAACGUGUAGGAGAAAGAUCAAUGCAUUCUCCGUCGUUGAGUUCAUCGGAGAAUGGUAACUCAAAGUCCCACAAUCGGUCAUCCUCAGCAGAUCCAUCGCAAAGUUUUGGCAUGGGAGAUGCCAAAGGCGAUGGUAAAGCUAUUUUUGCCCAACCUCAACCAUGUGGAAAAGGAGAAGAUUUUUCAAAGGUUGAAAGCUCUUCUGCUCCAGCUGCCAAGCAUGCUCACUCGUUACGGCGAAGACCUACGCAUAGCGUAGAAGACCGUCAGACAGCUGAAGAGGAAGAGGAAGCAGCAAAAAUGGAGAAGAAACGCCGUGAAGCGAGAAUCGCACAGAAGGAUAUUCGAUGCAAGGAGUUAGUCGCGGCUACAGAAGCGGCGGACGGCAUGACAUCUGCUGAAUUACGCCGUUGGACAGCAGCAGACGACGUGGCACUGGUUACUGCAGUAACACAU